AUGCCUCCCACCGCGGCGAUUCGCGGGGGUCCUGGCUUGAGAACGAUGAAUCCUCUGAAUCCUUCGGUGCACAGAGGUAUCGCUCACAAGCCUGGAAUGGGCCGGGGACCGGGCGGGAAGACCCUACCCGGGACGAAGAGACACCGAAAGGUCCUCACGGACAGCAUACACGGAGUUACCAAACCUGCCAUCCGACGACUUGCGCGCCGUGGCGGUGUGAAGCGCAUCUCCGCAGACAUCUAUGAUGAAUCGAGGAAAGUUUUGAAAAGCUUCCUCACGAACGUGAUUCGCGAUUGCAUCAUCUACGUCGAGUACAGGAACGCGAAAACUGUCACUAUUAGUGACGUUAUUCACAGCCUGAGACGCAUCGGCCGUCCGAUUUAUGGGUUCGACCCAGACACGGCGGAGAACAAGGCAAAGAGGCGCGACGCUCACCAACCUCUUCGAUACCGCUAA